UCCAGCCCGCGGCUCCCUCCGUCCCUUCUCCCUUCCCCGCAGUGGCCCGCGAGCCUCCAGCGAAGGAGCGCGCGCGCGCGUGACGCGGCCCGGCUUGCUCGCGCCCUCUCGCGCCCCAGCGUCCGCCGCCCGCUCAUGGCCCGGGCCUCGGCGGACGAGCCGCGCUGAGGCGGGCCGCGCGAAGUCGUGGGGCCGCCGCCGUGGCCCUCGCUGUCCGCGCCUCGCCGCCAGCCCGCGGGGCCCGCGCACGCCGGCCGCCAUCGCCUUCGCGCCUGGCUGGCGGGGGCGCUGUACUCCCCGGCGGUCCGCGCCGUUCCCUGGAGCUCGGCAGAGCGCGGCUGCCAGGGCCGGCGGAGGCGCGAGGAGCCGCACGCCGCCGCCCGUGUCGCCGCCGGCACCGCGGGGGCCAUGACCGUGGAGCAGAAUGUGCUGCAGCAGAGCGCGGCGCAGAAGCACCAGCAGACAUUUCUGAAUCAGCUGAGAGAAAUCACUGGGAUUAAUGAUGCCCAGAUACUACAGCAAGCCUUGAAGGAUAGUAAUGGAAACUUGGAAUUAGCAGUGGCUUUCCUUACUGCAAAGAAUGCCAAGACCCCUCAGCAAGAGGAGACAACUUACUACCAAACAGCACUUCCUGGCAAUGAUAGAUACAUCAGUGUGGGAAGCCAAGCAGACACAAGAAAAAAGUAUAUGCCCACCAGAACAAGAUGUGCUACAAUUGAGCAAUCAAAGUAUGGAUCAAAAGAUGAGAGGGAUUUGGAUGUGAUUGAUCUCACUGGAGAUGAUAAAGAUGAUCUUCAGAGAGCAAUUGCCUUGAGUUUGGCGGAAUCAAACAGGGCAUUCAGGGAGACUGGAAUAACUGAUGAGGAGCAAGCCAUUAGCAGAGUUCUUGAAGCCAGCAUAGCAGAAAAUAAAGCCUGUUUAAAGAGGACGCCUACAGAAGUUUGGAGGGAUUCUCGAAACCCUUACGAUAGAAAAAGGCAGGACAAAGCUCCUGUUGGACUAAAGAAUGUUGGCAAUACUUGUUGGUUUAGUGCUGUUAUUCAGUCAUUAUUCAAUCUUUUGGAAUUUAGAAGAUUAGUUCUGAAUUACAAGCCUCCGUCAAAUGCUCAAGAUUUACCCCGAAACCAAAAGGAGCAUCGGAAUUUGCCUUUUAUGCGUGAGCUGAGGUAUCUAUUUGCACUUCUUGUUGGUACUAAAAGGAAAUAUGUAGAUCCAUCAAGAGCAGUUGAAAUUCUUAAGGAUGCUUUCAAAUCAAAUGACUCUCAGCAGCAAGAUGUGAGUGAGUUUACACACAAAUUAUUAGAUUGGUUAGAAGAUGCCUUCCAAAUGAAAGCUGAAGAAGAGACGGAUGAAGAGAAGCCAAAGAACCCCAUGGUAGAGUUGUUCUAUGGGAGAUUCCUUGCUGUGGGAGUACUUGAAGGGAAAAAAUUUGAAAAUACUGAAAUGUUUGGUCAGUACCCGCUUCAGGUCAAUGGAUUCAAAGAUCUACAUGAGUGCCUAGAAGCUGCUAUGAUUGAAGGAGAAAUUGAGUCCUUACAUUCAGAGAAUUCAGGCAAAUCAGGCCAAGAGCAUUGGUUUACCAAAUUACCACCUGUGUUAACAUUUGAAUUAUCAAGAUUUGAAUUUAAUCAGGCAUUGGGAAGACCAGAAAAAAUUCACAACAAAUUAGAAUUUCCUCAAGUUUUAUAUCUGGACAGAUAUAUGCACAGAAACAGAGAAAUAACAAGAAUUAAGAGGGAAGAAAUCAAGAGACUAAAAGAUUACCUCACAGUAUUACAACAAAGACUAGAAAGAUAUUUAAGCUACGGUUCGGGUCCCAAACGAUUUCCCUUGGUAGAUGUUCUACAGUAUGCGUUGGAAUUUGCCUCAAGCAAACCUGUUUGUACAUCUCCUGUUGAUGAUAUUGAUGCUAGUUCCCCACCUAGUGGUUCCAUACCACAGACAUUACCAAGCACAACAGAACAACAGGGAGCCCCUUCUGCGGAACUGCCAAGCACGUCACCUGCACCACUAGCUGCCGUUUCGUCGAGAUCAGUCAUACAUAAACCGUUCACUCAGUCUCGGAUACCUCCAGAUCUGCCCAUGCAUCCAGCACCAAGGCACAUCACAGAGGAAGAACUUUCUGUGCUAGAAAGCUGUUUACAUCGCUGGAGGACGGAAAUAGAAAAUGACACCAGAGAUUUGCAGGAAAGCAUAUCAAGAAUCCAUCGAACAAUUGAACUAAUGUACUCUGACAAAUCUAUGAUCCAAGUUCCUUACCGCUUACAUGCUGUUUUAGUUCAUGAAGGUCAAGCUAAUGCCGGGCACUACUGGGCAUACAUUUUUGAUCAUCGUGAAAAUAGGUGGAUGAAGUACAAUGAUAUUGCUGUGACAAAAUCAUCAUGGGAAGAGCUAGUGAGGGACUCUUUUGGUGGUUAUAGAAAUGCCAGUGCAUACUGUUUAAUGUACAUAAAUGAUAAGGCACAAUUCUUAAUAAAAGAGGAGUUAAAUAAAGAAACUGGGCAGGCUCUUGUUGGAAUUGAAACAUUACCACCGGAUUUAAGAGAUUUUGUUGAGGAAGACAACCAGCGAUUUGAAAAAGAACUAGAAGAAUGGGAUGCACAACUUGCCCAGAAAGCUUUGCAGGAAAAACUUCUAGCAUCUCAGAAGUUGAGGGAGUCAGAGUCUUCUGUAACAACAGCACAAGCAGGAGAAGCAGAAUAUCUAGAGCAGCCAUCAAGAAGUGAUUUCUCAAAGCACUUGAAAGAAGAAACUAUUCGAAUAAUUACCAAGGCAUCACAUGAGCAUGAAGAUAAAAGUCCUGAAACAGUUUUGCAGUCGAAACCUGAAAAUACCACAAGCCAACCACCUUCUAACCAGCAAAUUGUAGAGGUGGCGAUUCCUCAUGUAGGGAAAUUCAUGAUUGAGUCAAAGGAGGGGGGUUAUGAUGACGAGAUCAUGAUGACACCGAACAUGCAAGGUAUUAUCAUGGCGAUAGGUAAAUCCAGGAAUGUAUAUGACAGGUGUGGCCCUGAAGCAGGGUUCUUUAAGGCAAUUAAGUUGGAGUAUUCAAGAUUGGUUAAAUUGGCCCAAGAAGACACCCCACCAGAAACAGAUUAUCGUUUACAUCAUGUAGUGGUCUAUUUUAUCCAGAACCAGGCACCAAAGAAAAUCAUUGAGAAAACAUUGCUAGAACAAUUUGGAGAUAGAAAUUUGAGUUUUGAUGAAAGGUGUCACAACAUAAUGAAAGUUGCUCAAGCCAAACUUGAAAUGAUAAAACCUGAAGAAGUAAACUUGGAGGAAUAUGAGGAGUGGCAUCAGGAUUAUAGGAAGUUCAGGGAAACAACCAUGUAUCUCAUAAUUGGGCUAGAAAAUUUUCAAAGAGAAAGUUAUAUAGAUUCCUUGCUGUUCCUUAUCUGCGCUUAUCAGAAUAACAAAGAACUCUUGUCCAAAGGCCGAUACAGAGGACAUGAUGAAGAAUUGAUAUCACAUUAUAGAAGAGAGUGUUUACUAAAAUUAAAUGAACAAGCUGCAGAACUAUUUGAAUCCGGAGAGGAUCGAGAAGUAAACAAUGGUUUGAUUAUUAUGAAUGAGUUUAUUGUCCCAUUUUUGCCCUUGUUAUUGGUGGAUGAAAUGGAAGAGAAAGAUAUUCUUGCUGUGGAAGACAUGAGAAAUCGAUGGUGUUCCUAUCUUGGACAAGAAAUGGAAUCAAACCUCCAAGAGAAGCUGACGGAUUUUCUGCCAAAACUGCUUGAUUGUUCUACUGAGAUUAAAGGUUUCCAUGAACCACCGAAGUUACCGUCAUAUUCCACACAUGAACUCUGCGAGCGGUUUGCCCGAAUCAUGUUAUCCCUCAGUCGAACUCCUGCUGAUGGAAGAUAAACUGCACACACUUUCCCUGAACACACUGUAUAAACUUUUUUUAGUUCUUAACCCUUGCCUUCCUGUCACAGGGUUUGCUUGUUGCUGCUAUAGUUUUUAACUUUUUUUUAUUUUAAUAACUGCAGAAGACAGACAGACCAUAGAGACUUUAGCCAGACUGCAAACAAUAAAGCUGAGAAUCGCAUGGCGCUCAGACUUUGUUUUAACCAGAACUGAUGUACAAUUACAAAUCUGAUUGGUUUCAUUAUGGCAAAGCCAUACUUUUGCCACCUUUCUGUUACAGUAUUACUUUGCUUUUAUCUUUUCUUUAUCUACAGCUUUCCAUUCAGUCUGGAUCCUUCCAUGACUACAACCAUUUAAGUGUUCAGCACUGUGUACGAUACAUAAUACUUGGUAGCUUGUAAAUGAAAUUAAAGAAUAAAGUUUUAUUUAUGGCUA